AUUUUUGCACAGAUAUAGAAUAACACUUUGGAGAAAUUUAGUUAUAAAUAAAGCUGUAGCCAGUGCUUGGAGCUUAAAUCUGACACUAGCGAUAAUAUAAACAAAAUUUCGCUAACAAAAAAAAAAUAUUUUAAAAAUUACAAAACAAAGAAUUGCAAAAAUGUCUAACGGAGGAGAUGAAUUUGAUGGAUGCGAGUGUGUUUGGAGCCAUGAAUUCGUAAUGCAACAGCUACUGGCACUGAUGCGUCGCAGUCAAACAAAUUGCAAUGAUGUGGAAUGCAUUGAUGUAUCUGGACGUUUACAGCAACCAGCUGUAGCACGUCAAGAUGAUAAUAUUGUUAUGAUGGUUAUGUUUAUGAUUCUUGCUGUAAUCAUGUAUUUAAUACGCCCCGAAACUUUAUUAAAGUUUACAAAUACCAAACGUCGUACUCCAGAUGGAGAUGAACGUCAUGGGGAUCCUCCUCCACCACCAGCACCGCCAGCUAUUCAUUAAAAAUACAAUAAGUAACGAAUUUAUAAAAUUUAUAUUCCGUUUAAAAAAAAUAUAUAUGUUUUAUAGUAAUACUUAAUCAAAUUAUAGAAAAUUAUACAUAAUCAAUCUUACAGAUAUGUCUAAAUAUUUAUAUAUUUAGACGGGCUGAAAAAAAAAAUAUCUUAACACAAACUAAUUCAAUAAUUUAUAAAAAUACGUAUUUGUAAUAUUAUUUUAUUAUUAUUAUUUAUACGCAAUUAUAUAGUAAUUGCAAAGCACAAAAUGAUUACAUUUUUAAUAAAAAUUU